CCGUUUUUUUUUUUUUCUUGCCUUAAGGGAUCGAUUUAAAUUUCUUAAUCUUGAAUUGUAAUAUCAUUGUUGUGUUAUAAACUGGUAUAUAUAAAGAGAUAGAGGGAGUGUGAGGUCAGAAUUGAUGGAGACAUUGGGAGAGCAGAGAGGAUGCAAGGAUGGAAUAAUGUAUGGAUCGUAUUAGACAAGAAAGGAUAGAGUAAACUGCACUUUAACCUCAGGAGUGCUGGCUGAUGUUAAAUGAAAGAUAAGUAUUUGGACAAUGAGCUGCUAUUUCAUUGGCCGUACUUUACCUCUAAGUGAAAAUAUCUUAAGUCCAUUGAUAAAAGCAGCACAGUUGUCAACAUUGAUCAACAACACUGGACAAAAAUCCAGUAUGAAACAUCAGAAAGUCCCUCGAGUUAACCAGUGACUUCAGAGUCACAUGUCUCGCCGAGGUCACAUUCCUAAAUGGGCAAUGUCACAAUCUUGGACAAAUGUUUUCAUAUCAGUCGUCAUGUUGGUUUGCUAAAUGGAAGGACACUGCAGGCUUUCAGUGUGAUUUACAGUUAUUUUAGGAAGUAGUCAGCUAAUAAUAAAUUCUUUAAAAAUCAAUUACGUGAAUGUUAGUUUCAUCAGUAUUCUAGACAAAAGUGCUAGCCUUUUAGCCACUGCUAAUAAAGUCUUCUGAGAAUGGCGUCAUAAUGGUUUCAAGCUUUCCUGGAAUAUACAUCAACAGCCUAAAGAGCUCAUUAGUGGUGUCUGCUAAGGUAUUAAAGCAUGAAUCCAACCCUUUAAUUUGGAAGUAUACUCAGUCACUCAGUACAAGUCCAUUUAUCUACUUCCAAGCAAACCAGUGCAGAUUUUUUUUCCCCCAAGGAUGUCAACUGACACUCUCCAGCCAUCUUCACGGAGAAUAAUAAGGCUGGCUGGAGCUCCUGCCGUUCCAAGUCACAACGCAGAGUCCAGGGAUACGCAAUCUCCAGGGAUACGCAAGCCAAGUGCAGUGGAACGUUUGGAAGCAGACAAGGCCAAGUAUGUCAAGAGCCAACAGGUGGUUUUGAAGAAGCAGCAGCCAGUUAUUUGUCCCUCCAACAACAGCCCGAAUGGACAAGGUACUCAACAGCCAUCAAGGAAGAUCCCUGCAAGACCCACAAAGUCUGAGAUGCCACCCCUUAACCUGGAACAUCUUUGCAAACUGAUUGAUGGAGUCAGCGAUGCCACCGUUCCAGUCAUUUCAACACAACCCAGCAGCAAUGAGAAAGAUGUUACAGAUCCAUCCAAGGCCACCUCUCCACCACUGGAGGAACCUUCUCUGGGGUCGACUUCUGCAAGUCAAGAGAAAGCUGCAAUAGAAACCUCAGGGGCAAACGGAUGUCCUACCAUGACAGUGCGGAGAGUCGACGUCAGACCCCAGUUACCUCAGAUGAGGAUGGCUGGUAGACCACAGCUACAGAACCGCUUACCGGUGCAACAGGCCAUGCCGCAGGUCCCAAUGCAACUUCUGCGCUUGCUUAGACCGUACAUAAAGCCAAAUCAGCAACCUGCUGACUUCAAAAGGCUCCAUAAUGUCACACAAACAAAUGGCACCAGAGGACCUGUUAAACCACCAAACUGUGCUGUGCAAACCUCGCCUCCUUUGAAAUCCUCAGCUAGCCCACCUCCACCCCUCCCCAUAAAACCAAACACAGAACCAUUAUCAUGUCCCUCACCGACCCCACUUACUCCAAACUCCACUGAUUCGCUCCUAGCCAAAAAUGACUUCCAGUCUCCGCCAUCUCCAGCCAUCACUUGCAUCUCCUCAACAAGCUCCAGGAAGCGUCCUUCACGGACACGCUCAAAAUCGGACGUCAGCGACUGCUUUUCACGAGCAGGAGCAGAGCUUGAGCGCUUCUUUAAUUAUUGUGGCCUUGACCCAUCGGAUUUAGAUGAGUUAGCAAGGCCGGGUUCUGACAUUGUGUCCGUUUCACAUCUACGUAGCGCCAGUGCCCCAGCAUCCGAACGUUCAGCCGAGGGUGAAGAUGAGGGGGAAGCAGCGGCAGCAAAAGAUGAACGCCCUGUUUAUGGUGUUUCCGUCAUUGAGAGAAAUGCUCGAGUGAUCAAGUGGCUUUAUGGAAUGCGCCAGGCCAAAGAGAGUCCCAAAGUGGCCGAUAUGUAACAGAUAACAAAUAAAGUUACAUACAGCCAAGUAUGGUGACCCAUACUCAGAAUUCACGCUCUGCAUUUAACCCAUCCAAAGUGCACACACACAGCAGUAAACACACCGUGAACACACACCCGGAGCAGUGGGCAGCCAUUUAUAAUGCAGCGCCCGUGAAGCAGUCGGGGGUUCUGUUCCUUGCUCAAGGGCACCUCAGUCGUGGUAUUUCCGGCCGAGACUCAAACCGACAACCUUAGGGUUGGGAGUCAAACUCUUGAACAUCUAGGCCACAACUGCCCCAAACAAUACAAUGUCUAACAAAUAACCACCAUCCAGACUGAAAUGUAAUGCAAUGUGUUGUACAAAAUAUUAACAUUUCCCAUUUAGUAUUUUGUUGCUUAUCUGUAUAGAGCUGUCUAGUUGAAUCUGCCGUGUCAUAUAUGAUAGCUUACGCAUCGUGGUCAAUUACCUUACCACAAACACCUGUAUUUUCCAACAAUAACUACACAUGCAUGGUUGCAUUGUUAUGGUGACCACAAAUAAACCCUUAAACACAAUA